UUAUUUUGAAACAGUAGAAUUUAAUUUUCCCGCUAAUAGUUCAUGUUGUCACCGCCUUAGCAAUACUAUCUAAUUUUCUCAAUAGUUGAUGUAAAGUUUAUUCGUAAAAUAACAAUUGGAUUAUUGUUAUGAUGUUCCAUGAAAUAGAUUAGGAAAUGUUUGGCUCAAAAAAUAUAUUUCUCUUUUUAAACAACAUUUGAGUAUCAGAUUGGUGUUCUGUUACUAAGGUUUGAGGGGUGGAGCGCUCCCAUCGCAUUGUUGAGCUCUAUAUCAGCCAUACAUUUCAUUUAUUCUUUAUCUGUGAUUUUAAUAUUCAAGUUGGCUAACCACGAUUCCGACAUGGCCAAUAAAGCCGGGCCACAGCGCCCAAAUGGGACAGCCCAAGCAAAAAUUUGUCAGUUUAAACUAGUGCUGUUAGGAGAAUCAGCAGUAGGAAAAUCCAGUUUAGUUCUUAGGUUUGUUAAAGGACAGUUCCACGAAUACCAAGAAAGCACAAUUGGAGCUGCUUUCUUGACACAGACUGUAUGCUUAGACGAUACCACAGUUAAAUUUGAAAUUUGGGAUACUGCUGGUCAGGAAAGAUAUCACAGUUUAGCCCCUAUGUAUUAUAGAGGUGCUCAAGCAGCUAUUGUGGUUUAUGAUGUCACAAAUCAGGACACAUUUGGAAGAGCUAAGACAUGGGUGAAAGAACUUCAGCGACAAGCCUCGCCCAAUAUUGUAAUAGCCCUCGCAGGUAAUAAGGCUGAUUUGGCUAACAAAAGGUGUGUUGAAUAUGAAGAGGCUCAAGCUUAUGCAGAAGAAAAUGGGCUUCUUUUCAUGGAAACCUCUGCAAAAACAGGAACCAAUGUCAAUGAGAUCUUUCUUGCUAUAGCCAAGAAGCUUCCUAAAAGUGAAACGAUUGGUGGAAGUGGAAGUGGGCAAGGCAGAAGGCUUGUAGAGUCGGAUACAACAGCAAAAACAUCGACUUCAUGCUGCAAGUGAACCACCAUAAUUUUACUUCAUCUGCAUUUAAGGCUCCAACAUGGUGGACAAUACUAGAGGUGUAAGUGAGUGCAUAAUCACAAGAAGGCACUGGUGCCAAUGGACUCAAGUUGUGGUUUUUGGGCACUAAAAGUAUAUGUAUGGGGGUACAAAUAUUAUAGAAUUAGUUAAAUAUAUGUGUAUAUGUAUAUGUAUAGUAUUGAAAAUACAUAUAUGUAUAUUUAUAUUUAUCUAUAUAACAGUUUAUGAUAUCCUUGCUUUUAAAAUAUAAAAUCCCCUUCUGUGUUAAGUUUGUAAAAGUUGUCUUUUUUGUAUAUACAUACAUUUAUUAAAUCUUAAGUUAUAUAUAGGAAAAGUAUACAUGUGUAUAUGUGUGGCUAUGUAUACUGACACACAUACAACAAUGUAUAUCAAUUACAUUUUGACUACAGAAAGAAAUAAGUUAUUAGAUCAAAAUUGUCCAUUUCUGCAUUUUUGUGCUGGAAAAAGUUAUAAUCGUAAUAUCUUUUAUUCAUUACUGAACAAAAUUUUGUGACAUUUUUUUAUACCCCUUUAUUUCUACCCCUUUUUACUACAUUUCAUUUUAGAGAACUAUUGAAUAGUUAAAUAUAUAUCUAUAUAUAUUUUUUUUUUUAGACUACUGAAUUUGAUAUAGUGAGUGUAUAAAUCUUAACAGUUAAAAUUAUUAUAUUAUUAUAAAUAAUAUAAUUUUGUACCUUACAUUCAAUUAUUAUUUAUGCUUGUCAUAUUUUUAUUAUUUUUUUUAAUUUAAUUAUUAUUUAUGCUUCUCUCUUUUUUUUUUUUUUUUUUCUUUUUUAAUUGUCACUUUUAAAAAGCUUGUUUGGGUAUUUAUGGAAACACAAGUUUAUAUAUUUGUUAAAUAUUUGUAUGUAUACUACCACUUUUCUGUGUAUAAGGCUGUGUGUUUGUAUGGACAACUGUUCUAUAAAAUUGUGUUAACAUGUGAACACACACAUUUUAUUUGACCACUUUCCCUAAUUAAGCAUUAACAAGGGCCAAGAGUUUCUUAAUGUAAAUUGAUUACUGAAUUGUAUAUUGGAUAAUUAAGUUAAAUAUAUACAUAUAUGUAU